AUGUCCUCCGCGCCGCUGCGCUCGCCCACCCUGCGGCCCCACAGGAUGAAGAAGGACGAGUCGUUCCUGGGCAAGCUCGGCGGCACGCUGGCGAGGAAGAAGAAGAACAAGGAGGUGAGUGACCUGCAGGAAGAAGGCAGACAUGCCAUCAACUCGCCGAUGUCCCCCGCCUCGGCAGAUAUCCACCCCGAAGACACCCUGCUAGAGGAGAACGAGGAGCGCACAAUGAUUGACCCCACCUCCAAGGAUGACCCCAAAUUCAAGGAGCUGGUCAAGGUUCUCAUCGACUGGAUCAACGACGUCCUGGUGGAGGAGAGAAUCAUCGUGAAGCAGCUGGAGGAGGACCUUUACGACGGCCAGGUGCUGCAGAAGCUCUUGGAAAAACUGGCGGGCUGCAAGCUGAAUGUGGCUGAGGUGACGCAGUCCGAGAUCGGGCAGAAGCAGAAGCUGCAGACGGUGCUGGAAGCCGUGCACGGCCUACUGCGGCCCCACGGCUGGGCGCUCCAGUGGACCGUUGACUCAAUUCAUGGGAAGAGCCUGGUGGCCACCCUCCACCUCCUUGUGUCCUUGGCCAUGCACUUCCGGGCCCCGAUCCGCCUCCCGGAGCACGUGUCUGUACAAGUGGUGGUUGUUCGGAAGCGGGAAGGCCUGCUGCAUUCCAGCCAUGUCACGGAGGAGCUGACCACAACGACGGAGAUGAUGAUGGGUCGCUUCGAGCGGGACGCCUUCGACACCCUCUUUGACCACGCCCCAGACAAGCUCAGCGUGGUGAAGAAGUCUCUCAUCACGUUUGUGAACAAGCACCUGAACAAGCUGAACUUGGAGGUGACGGAACUGGAGACCCAGUUUGCAGAUGGCGUCUACCUGGUUCUGCUCAUGGGCCUUCUGGAGGACUACUUCGUCCCCCUGCACAACUUCUACCUGACCCCAGACAGCUUCGACCAGAAGGUCCACAACGUGGCGUUUGCCUUUGAGCUGAUGCUGGACGGAGGGCUCAAGACACCCAAGGCUCACCCUGAAGAUGUGGUGAACCUGGAUCUCAAAUCCACCCUGAGGGUUCUUUACAACCUGUUCACCAAGUACAAGCACCUGGAGUGAGCAGGGAGCGGCGGAGACCCUGCGGGGCCGGGAGGCCCGCCAGCCUGGUUCCCCACCCCUCCCCUCCCCCACGCCACCC